AUGACCGUGGCCUUUUUCCUCCAGAUAACCAUCCCACUGGCUGUGCUCAAGACUGCUAAGAAAGGCAGAGGCGAGCUCCAAAAGAUCUCCAGCUGGCUCAGGAGUAGCCACCAAAUGAGUGAUGCAGUAUUCUGCAGCAUAAUUGUAAAAGUCGUUCUGGUUAUGUUCGGGGUUCGACAAGCGCGCUCGAUCAUUCUGAUCGACCGCUUGCCUCUGCGCACAUGCUUCCACUCCACGGCACGGCGCAUGCUCGCGCUUGUCUCGCAGGAGCCGCUCCAAGCAUUUCCGAGCGAGGAGCUCGUCGCACUCGGCCAGCGUGACAGGCGGCAAGACACGUACACCAACGGCCUGCAGAGCCGCCCAAUCCAGGCCGCUGCGUCGCGCGCGGGGAUCCCCAGAGCAUCCACCAGCAUCGCCGGGGUCGCCGGGGCUUGA